AAAAUCUGAAUGCACCGGAAUUAAGAAUUCAAGGACAGGCUAACUUUGGCUUGGAUAGGUUUAAAGAUGAUGAUAAAAAUUCGGUUUUUACAUCUGCCCAUGCCUCAAUUAUUCAAGAAACAGAAGCCACUGAACAAUUAGUUGCAUUGCUCGUUCAAAAAAAAGCUGAAAUUGAUGAAGUUCUAGAUUCACACACAGUAUAUGCCUUAGGACCGGACUUUCAGCAAGGUUAUCUAGUUCCAUGCAUUGCAUGUUGGAUCGCUGAGCCCCUUGAUACAGAGCUAAUGAAAAAACUUUCAGCUUUAUUUAAUUACAAGUUUGAAAUAAUUAGCUAUGUAGUAAAUAAACAGGGUAAAUUAUUGAAUAGUGAGCUUUCUUCAAUUGAUGAAAUAACCCCAGAUAAAAAUGGGCAACAAAAUGAUAAUAAUGGGGAUAAAA